AAUCAGCUAUCUCCACCGCUUGAUCAUACGCUUGUGGGCCGCUGAUGAUCCUCCCGUCCCCUACCUAGUAUCCUGAACCGCCGGCUCGGACCUGAGCUGAACAAGAACUCGACUCGAGCAGAGCACGAAGCGGCAGGGCAGUAGCACCUCCGAACUUCUUCGGCAAACAUGGCAGCUGCUCCUCUGCUACUGAGGGGCGCGCCGCUCCUCCGCCUCCGACUCCACCAUCGUCUCGCUGCCCAGGCUCUUCCCCCGCCGCGCCGCCCCUGUUGUGCAGCUGCUUUCGCGACCGCUUCAUUCUCCACGGAGCCGGCCAAGCCGGAGGGGCAGGUCCCUUCCGCGGACAGCACGGCCACGGUGCUUCUGACUGCCAAGGAGCCUCCGAGGUUCCACCGGUGGGACGAUCCCGAUUACAGGAAGUGGAAGGAUAAGGAGGAGGAGAUUCUCAGAGACAUCAGGCCCAUCCUUUCCCUAGCCAAAGAUAUUCUCCAUUCGAAAAGGUAUUUGGAUGGGGAACGUCUAGCGGCUGAAGAUGAGACGGUCAUUGUUGAGAAGCUACUUUCUUAUCAUCCUCGUUGUGAUGACAAAAUUGGCUGUGGACUUGAUGGCAUUAUGGUUGAUCGGCAUCCCCAGUUUAGGCGCUCGAGGUGUCUAUUCGUUGUGAGAACUGACGGUGGGUGGAUAGACUUCUCAUACCAAAAGUGUCUCCGAGCUUAUGUUCGAGCUAAGUACCCAUCCUAUGCUGAAAGGUUCAUUAAGGAACAUUUUAAACGUGGAAGCGGUUAGUCUGUAGCACCCCCUUAUGUUUCAUAUUUGAGCUAGGAUUUUUGUAAAAUGUAAUCGGAAUGGUUCCAAUGCUUGUUUUCUGAGUUCGGUCUGAAGAAUCAUUGUAGAUUACUUGCUUUGAGGGUGACGAAUGUGAUUCGAGGAUCUUCCAAUCGGUGCAAGUCCUUGGAAGAAUUGGUUGCUAACUUCGUAGCUAGUUUGUAAGAUUUUUGAUUCAUUUGCGAAGAAGGAAGGUGAAUGAGUGAAGUGAGCUCUGUUGACUUGCAUCAUUACUUGCUGCUUAUUAAUCAAGAUUAAGAUAUGUA